AUGGUGCGGGUUGAAUUAUCGAUAUUCCGACGCGGCGGGGGCCGGCCUUGCGGGGUUGGCGUGCGCGCGCGCCGAUCGCCCGCCAGAUUGGCGGUCAGUGGGGCUGUCCCUGUUAAGGAAUUGUCGAUAACCUAUCUCUGGUGUCGCGUCACUAGGCGUAGGUUCGUGCGCUAUCGGAUCGGGCGACGGGCGUGCAAUGGAGCGAAUGGAGACAGCCACCCGCCGCUCGCCGCGCGUACGCGCCCAUCCCGCGGCCGCGACAGGCCCACCUAUGCGUUCGCUAUCGGCGCGGACGCCCCUCGCGUGGCCAAUAAAUCGCGCCGCGACGCGCGUACAAAUUGGCGGGGCGAUCGCAUCGCGGAGCCUUGUCGCGGUCGGCUUGUUAACGCGGCGCGAUGCCGCGAUUCCCGUGUCGCGUCGCCCGUGACUGCCCACGGAUGGGGCGCG